GGGCGUCGACGCCUGCGAACCUCUCGUGUUUCUCUUCCUCCGAUCCACCCCCCUCGUGCUGCACUCGCUAUAUAGAACAGGUCUCCACAAACCACCAGGGUCCAUCCAUCCAUCCAUCGAGAAGCAAGUCACGGCUCGUGCGUUGCAGCCCCAGCCAGCCCAGGGAUCGGACAUCGAUCGAUCUCGACCCCUCUCGACCGCGCGACCCGUGAGCACGUCGUCGUCGUCGAUGGCGGCCAUGCCCACGGACAGCAUGACUCGCCGCUUCGCCGUCGCGUGCGGCGUGCUCAGCCAGUACGUCAGGAACGGCGCGCCCGCGACGACGAUGACGCCGCCGCCGCCGUUCCUGAAGCAGGCGCCGGCGGCCGGACCCGCCGCGGCGCAGGAGAUGAUCGUCGCCAGCGCCAGCGCGCCGCAGCAGCUGACCAUCUUCUACGGCGGGAGGGUGGUGGUGCUGGACGCGUGCCCGCCCGAGAAGGCGGCCGAGCUGAUCCGCCUCGCCGCCGCGGCCGCGCAGGGAGGGUCGACGCAGCCGCCGGAGCAGGCGCUGGUGGACAUGCCCAUCGCCAGGAAGGCCUCGCUGCGGCGCUUUCUCGCCAAGCGCAAGGACAGGUCCUCUUCCGCCUCCCCGGCGCCCUACGACGACCGUCAGGACGACGACGAGCCGCCCGCGCCCAAGAAGGGCAAGAUGGCGGCGGCGGCGACGCGCGAGGAGCCUUCCUCCUCUUCUUGGCUCGCGCUCGGCAGCCUGUGCUCCAUGCACAGCCGUUGAGAUCGCCGGCCGGCUCGCCGACGGUACGUACGUGAUGAGAGUUCAAACAAGAGGUCGGGCGCACCCCUCCACUUGGCUUACGAGUACGUGGUUGGCAUCGACCCCCGGCCAUUGGAGGCGUUGUAGCAGCAAUUUACCAUUUUACCUACGGUUGUGCUACCUACCACAACGAACUGCGCAUGUUAUAGGGUACAUAUUAUUAUUAUUAUUACUAAUUGCUAGUAUAUACGGUAUCUAUCGAUCAAUCAAGCCGGGCGGCUAUACUGCAUUGCGGCCGGCAUGCGUUCUCACAGAGAGCGACGACACUAUUCGUUCGUAUCCUUCGUUGGUUUGGUGGUGUAUCAUCUAAUCUAACAAGACGUGUGAACCUGAACGACAAGAGAUGUUCAGCACUGUGAAUCGUUUGUUGCUUUGUUUACUUUGUUUAUCAUUUAAUUGUAUUAUAAUUGCUAUAUAUGUUUGUUUCAUAUAUACUAUGUGUGAGAGCUGUUCCACUAUCUUUCUUUAUCGGAUUACACUAUUAAACAUGUGCUAUGAAAUAUGGAUUUGAAUAAAAGGAAAUUCUGUUGU